CGUUGUAAGAGUGACAGUAGGGCGUAGCCUGUUAAGACCAACGGAACUGACGAAGGAAACAUACUCGUUUGCGUUUUAGCAUGACUACACAACAUAUAAAUAACUACGCGAAGUUCAGCUAGUCUCUUCUUUCGUAACGUCGUAGCGCUGAAUUAUUUCCACAAUCAACACUCACUGCAGAUGAUUUCGUAUUAGGAAGUCAAGGUUUGAUUCAACUGUUGAACGUGCCAAGCUGCAGACUACAGGCUCUGGAAUAUUUCUCUACUAAUUAAAUUCUUAAUAACUCAGCUAAUAGGGUCAUUACAAACAGUGACGUGAUAUUUAUUUAUCUUCUCAUCAUUCGCCCUCAACAAGAAAUGUCGAUCACGUUCUCAGUUGGUGACAGUGUUUCAUUUGUGAAUAGCGAGUAGUUGGCAGCCGUGCAGUGCUGAAGUUCGUAAAAUAGAACUGCGUAAAAUCAGAUAGCGGUAUAUAAACUUCAGUGACGAAAACUGGUAGUGUGUGUUUGUUAGUUGUAUUUGCGGACAGCAAAUGUGACAGCUGACGCUGCGCCAAUAAACAACGACAGUGCCCUCAGAAAUUUCGAGACAGUCGCACGAAUGAUACGAGAAGACCUGUUGAAAAUGACGCCUGUGAAGACGAAAUACACGAAAGAAGAAAUCAGUAUGUGGACGCCUCUGCAGUUUGCAGAGGUGACAGGUGCCUGGGAUUUCGUCGAAAGGAUGCUGCGAGCCGGAAAAUCGUUGCGGGAGCUGAAGGUGCUGCCGGAAGCGCUGAAGAGCACGAGCGAGGCCGUGAAGCUGGUGAACGUCUUCUGCGAAAACGAGCACUUGUCGCUGCUGAGGUACGCGCUGUCGGAGCAGCCGGAGGUGGCCGGGGCGCGGGCCGAGUCGGGGCUGACGCCGCUGCACGUGGCGGCGGGCCGCGGGCGGACGGCGGCUCUGCGGCUGCUGCUGCUGCGGAGCGGCGCUGGCCACGUGGAGGCGGGCGACCGCUGGGGCCGCACGGCGCUGCUGCACGCCGCGGCCGGCGGCUGCGCCGACGCGCUGCGCCUGCUGCUGGCCGCGGGCGCGCGCCACGACGCGCGGGACUACACGGGCCACACGGCGCUGCAGUACGCGGCGCGCGCCGGCCACGGGCCCGCCGUCCGGCUGCUGUGCGAGGCGGGCGCCGCCCAGGGCGCCGGCAGGCACGCGGGCGCCGGAGCGCUGUGCCUGGCAGCCGAGGCCGGCUGCCGCGAGGCGGUGCGCGCGUUGUCUGCGCCCGCGGCCGCCGGGCCCGACGCGUGGGGCAGCACGGCGCUGCAGUGGGCGGCGGCGCGCGGCCGGGACGCGGCGGUGGCGCUGCUGCUGGAGGAGGGCCGCGCAGACGUGCGCGCCGCGGACCGGGACGGCGUGACGGCGCUGCACGCGGCCGCCGCCCGCUGCGGAGCGCCCACCUUGGAGGCGCUGCUGCGCGCCGGCGCGGACCCGGCCGCUGCGGACGGCGAGCUGGCGCAGCCGCUGCACUGGGCGGCCGCCGCGGGCAACGCGGCCGCGCUCGCCGCGCUGCUGGAAGCGUGCCGCGGCCGCACGUGCGACCCGCCCGACGCCACCGGCCAGACGCCGCUGCACUACGCGGCGCGAGCCGGCUGCGUGGCCGCGGUGCGCGCGCUGCUGGCCGCGGGCGCCUACCGGCGCGCCCUGUGCGCCGGCGGCCGAACGCCGCUGCACGUCGCGGCGUUUCACGCGCGACCCGCCACCGUACGCCUGCUGCUGGCCGACGGUGCGCAGGACGUCAACAGGCCCGACGACCACGGGCAGACGCCGCUCUACUGCGCGGCCGUCGGCGGCAGCAUCGCGGCGGCCGCCCUCCUGCUAGCUGCCGGCGCCGACAAGGCUGUCUGCAACAAGGCCGGCUUCUCCCCGCAACGGGUGGCGCUCGACCAGGGCCGCCACGACCUGGCCGCGCUUCUGGACGAGAACGACGACAGCCCGGUCGUCGACGAACGCACGGCAAUUCAUUGGGCAGCAGAGGAAGGCAACGACGACGAGGUGGUGCGCCUUCUGCAGGCUGGGGUGGCGCCGGUGGACGCUGCCGACGCGGACGGCCUGACAGCUUUGCACCUGGCGGCAGCCCACUGCGGCGAGCGCGCCGUGAGGGCGCUGCUGGAGGCGCGAGCAGACCCGCACGCGAGGGCGGGCGACGGCCGCUCGCCGCUGCACUGUGCAGCCGCCACGGGCCGCACCGCCAACGUGCGCGCACUGCUCGAGGCAGGCGCCGGGCCCAACGUGCCCGACGCCAGGGAGGAGCGGCCGCUGCACCUGGCGGCGGCCGCGGGAGCCGUGGCGACGGUGCACGCGCUGCUCGACGGCGGCGCCACUGGCGACGCGCGCAGCGCAGACGGCCGCUCGCCGCUGCUGUUCGCCGCCUGGUACGGACACGCAGCCGCUGUCGACGCGCUGCUGACGGCAGGCGGCGCAGACGUGACAGUGACCAACCGGAACGGUAGGUCGGCGCUGCAGUGCGCCGCGCGCAGUGGCUCCGUGCUGACGGCACGCUUGCUACUGGCCGCCGGGGCGGAUGUCAACGUCAGAGACCGCAACGGGAAGACCGCCGUGGAUGUCGCCAAGAAGCGCGACCACAAGGUUCUCCUAAAAGUUCUGCGCGAAUCUUAA